CAAGGAUCGAAAUGACUGCACGUCUCUAGUUUCAGUUCUAACUUGGGAACUCAGGACAUAUCUAAAUAUUCCAGUUGUAUAGGAAGCUUUCAUCCACAAGAAGCAGGACCUUCUUUCUCUGAUCAGGAAUCCUUUGUAAAAUUAAUGACUUCGGAUUUAUCUCCGGAGUGGACGAGCAAUCAUAAUUAUAUGAUGGGGUCGGUCCGAGAUCGGUGGGCCCAUCACAGCACAGAGAUGAGUGAAUGCCAUAAUUAUAACUUUGAGCUGGCAAAGACUAGUACUUCUACACAAUGGGAAAAGAGAAGACUUACAUUAACCACAAGCAAAUGUGGAGAAAAUUCAUCUCCAUUUUUCCUUGCCCGUUCCAUUGCUGUAGCUAUGGCGAUCCGUUUCAUUGUAAUGGUAAUGAUAUGUAGUGCCGUAAUCAUAAAUUCAUUAUUCAAUCAAGAAGCUCCAAUUUCUUUGAAAGAAAGUUACUGUGGCCCAUGUCCUAAAAACUGGAUAUGUUACAGAAAUAACUGCUACCAAUUUUCUAAUGAGAGCAAAAGCUGGACCCAGAGUCAAGCUUCUUGUAUGUCUCAAAAUUCCAGUCUCCUGAAGAUUUACAGCAGAGAGGACCAGGAUUUCUUUAGAUUGCUGAAGUCAUAUCAUUGGCUGGGACUAGUACAAAAUCCAGCAAAUGGAUCUUGGCAGUGGGAAGAUGGCUCCAUUCUCUCACCCAACCAACUAACAAUGGUUGAAAUGCAGAAUGGAACCUGUGCAGUUUAUGGCUCAAGUUUUAAAGGUUAUACAGAAAACUGUUUAACUCCAAACACAUACAUCUGCAUGCAGAGGAUUUUAUAAAAUACAAAGGAGACAAAGACAAAAAGCCUUCUCUGAGUGUUCUCCAUGAAGAAAACUUCCAGAAGAAAAUUCCACCAAUGUUUAUUGAGUUAUUUUUCCACCUAUGAAACACAACAGACAAUAACCUUACAGGGAUUGAUGGCCAACAAUUAAAGAAUUUAGCUUCGAUAACAAUAUUUUGUUUAAUUUUUUAAAUUUUUGAGUAAUGGACAGAUUCAUUUUUAAAUUUAUUAAACUUGAUAUCUAGGUUCAAACUAAAUUUUAAACUAUGAUUUUACUAAAUAUGCACACAUAUUAAACUAAUAAGGCUUUUAGAACUUUUUCAACUCAAAACAUUUGAAAGUUAAACUUAAAGCUAAGUGAAGGGUAUAUGAGGGUUCAUUAAAUUGGCUGUAUUUGAAAUUUUUCAAAAUAAAAG